GACUUAGCCAAUCGGGACCGAGCAAGGCGGAGCUGGACUUCGGGGGGACGUUUUCAAGGAAGUGAUCAGCGCGGCCAGCGCGUCUUUCAGCCUCACCUGCAUCUGCACCUUUACCUUCGCCUUUCUGCUGCCUGGGCGGACGCUGGCCCUCAAGGUGACGCGCUCUCUGGGCAGAAGCGUGGCAUCGGCUAGCCAUGGCCUACUCGGGAUAUGGAGGAGGGUUUGGAAAUUUUAGCGGUCAGAUGCCAGGAAUGCAGAUGCAAAUGGGGCAGCCAGUGCUAGGAACUGGGCCAAACCUGCUCCCUGGAGGAUACCCUGGAUGCCCAGCAUAUUCGCACAAUUACUCCUCAGCGGGAGACCCCAUGUGGACAUACUUCACUUCCGUUGCUGGGCAGGAUGGUGAAGUGGAUGCUGAAGAACUUCAGAGAUGUUUGACACAGUCAGGAAUUAGUGGCACCUACUCUCCCUUCAGUCUGGAAACCUGCAGAAUUAUGAUUGCCAUGUUGGAUAGAGAUUAUACAGGAAAAAUGGGAUUUAAUGAAUUCAAAGAACUUUGGGCAGCUCUUAAUGCCUGGAAGCAACACUUCAUAACUAUUGAUCAAGACCGAAGUGGCACAGUGGAGCAUCAUGAAUUGAGCCAAGCCAUUGCUGCUAUGGGUUAUAGGUUGAGUCCUCAAACAUUAACUGCUAUUGUUCAACGUUAUAGCAAGAAUGGCAGAAUCUUCUUUGAUGAUUAUGUUGCUUGCUGUGUGAAGCUUCGAGCAUUGACAGAUUUCUUUCGGAGAAGAGACCACUUGCAACAAGGGGUUGUGAAUUUCAUAUAUGAUGAUUUUUUGCAGGGCACCAUGACCAUUUGAAUGUCAAGAUAUUGAAAACUGAAAAAAAUACUGUGAAUUUUUCCUGCUUGGACUACUUUGACUUACAACUUUGGGAACUUUUUAUGGUUCCUUCCUGUUAAUCUCUUCUGUUCUAAUCUUUCUGUUUUAAACUUUAGUGCACAGUUCAAAGCAAUAAAAAAGAUGAAUUUUUAUAUUAGUGAUGAUACUGCUGUUAGUAAUCACUUUACAAAUUUUGCAUAAUGUUAUAAAAUACUGAUACAUGAUUAACUGAUAUAAAUAUCUCAGUCUUAAUUUUUCACAAUAUAAAUCUAGAGAAAUGUACUUAUAAAAUAGAUUAUAUAAAAAGCCAAAUGGUGAAAACCUAGAUAAAACUAAUUUAGACUUACCUGAAGGUUACAAAUUGUACUUGAAACUUUGUAGUUGGUGUUUGGAGGUGAGCUGGAGAAGCCUGGACAUUGUGCCAUAUUGGUAAUAAGAUUUGUUCCUUGAUCACGUAAUUUGAGAAUAGAAACUCACUGGGUUUGCCUGUGUAGGAGAAAAUUGUAGUUCCUAAAAUUUUAUCUUAAAUCUCCUUAGGUGAACCAUAAAUUAAUGCAUAAUGAAAUAAGACUCCAAGAGGCAUCAUUUUUUUCACUUUUAUUAUUUGCAGUGUGUAUUUUUGUGCAAUAUGUUUUCUCAUCUUACGUAGUUAAGAAAGUGCUUAUAAACACAGCUUAUUUUCUCUGCAUUUUAUUUCACUAGUGAAGACAUAGAUAACCUAAAAAUGGCAUCUUUUCUAAAUCUAGAUUUUUCAGGAAAUGACACAUUUUUAGUGAAAUGUCAACAUAUAAACUUAUUCUGUUAAACUAAAUUACCAAUAAAUCCAACUGUUUACAGAGUGAAAAACUCAUUUAAUCUGCCAUUUUAAUUGUUCAGAAAUUAUAAGUUUGACUUUAACAACAUUAGCUGGUUGUGGUUUUGGCACUAGUAAGGCAGUGAGUCUUUAAGGUGAGGUGCAUCUGCAACGUGGGGUACUGAGGCUGGCAGGCACCACAACAAUUUGUGAGUGGUAUUGGUAUGAAAACUGCAAAGUAGAGUCAAUAGGUCUUAGCAUUUAAGUUCCCUGGUAAAAGCUGCUGUAAUUAAUCCAUCCCCUUUCUUGCCAAACACUAUAAACCUUUUUUAGUGACCAUUUAACAAACCAGUUUUCUUUUCUUACACCUUAACAUCUUCCAGCCUGAAGGUGACUACAAAUUUUAGUAAGGCUGAUAACCAAUGUAAACUUUUAUUAAAUCCCAUUUCUUAAACAAUAUUGUGAAAGAGAAAAAUAACAAAAUAAAACCUCUCAUGAACAUACUGAUUUGUACUUUUAAACCAACUUUUAAGUUUAAACCAACUUUCACUUUUAAAAAUUCUGGCGAGGAAGUAAUGUAUGAUCAUUUGGACACUGAUUUUAUAUAAUAAGAUGUCAAAUUCAUUUGGUCAGUUUUAUAAAAAUGUGUGAAUAAUUCAUAUAUAUUUUCCUUAUAAUCCUCUGGCUAUUUUUUUUUCAUGAACACAUAUUUGAUGUGAGUAGACUUUAAUUGAGCCAUUAUAUAUAUAAAUAAAUUCUAAUUUGUUGUUGGAAAAAGCUAAUAUAAGCACGUUGUAUGUGAUCAUCUUGAAUAAGGAUGCUACCAUGGCUCAGCAGCCUAGAUCUUAAUGUAUAGUUUAUAGUCAAUUUACUGUACUGUACUGAGGUCAAUUAUAAUUGUCCUUAUUCAGAGGCUCAUGGUUGCGUAAAACUGUAAAAAUUGCCAUAAUAUUGUUCAGAUAAAUUUCUGCUGAGUAAUAUUUUGUAUUUGAACUCAACACAUUUUUCUAACACAUCCUUUUCCAAAGAUGUUCCAUGAUUUUUGGUUAUAAGAGGUCUGCAAGGAAACGUGACCACACAUAUUUGGGGAACUCUGCCUUCUUCACAGAUUUUGAUAAGUUGAAGUUACAUAAAAUCCUGUUUAAUUUUAUUUUACCCAUUUUUUUUCCUGAACUUUUUUGCCCAGAGAAUCCCUUCUCUCACAAAGCUCAUAUUCUAGGCCAAUCCAGCUUAAUUGUCAGAAAUGUUUUGCAUCUCAGAUUAAAUAGGCAACUUGACAAAAACAUUAGGCAUAGGGAAUAUUUUACUGAGAUUUUUAUACUGAAAUGCAGUUCAUUUUUGGAUGAAAAUAACUGCUAUAAACAGACAUCCAUUACUAAAGUAAAAAUUAUGUAGUUUUAUGAUGAACAUGACCAGAGUUAUGAAUACAGUGUAGUUUGUGCUGUUUAAGUCAUGCCGCAGUUUUCUUAUGAUGAUGUAAAUUAUUGAAUAAUGUACACUCUUAAUGUCUAAGUGCUUUUAUUUAUACAGUAAACAUGUUUCCAUGUCAUUUUGAGAAUUUUUUAAUAAACAUUCAGAUAGCUUGCUGUAAAGUUUUAUAUCAUACAAAAUCUGUUACAUACAUAUUAUGAGAUGCUUCAGUUCAAAUAACAGUGCAGUAAUUCAUCUAUGCCUAAAAACCUGCUGAACAAUUAAAUGUCAGGUAUUGUACUUCUAUUUCUAGUGGCAGUUUACACAUUUUAAGUUACAUCAAGGGGAAGUCAAUAGUAUUGAAUCUUAAUUUGGUCCACUUUAUGCGUAAUUUCAAGGACUGUGCUCAUUUGAUUUAUUUAAGCAUGCAUUCUUAAACAAAAAGUCUUUAAAAAAAAAAAAAAAGUCAAGUGAUGUUUAUUUCCAUAAAAGGUAUUUACCCUGGAAGAAAGAAUUUAAAGUAAUGUAAAGUCUGUGUAAUUAAAAAAAAUAACAAAAAUUCAAUUUGUGAUUAUUUCCUUAAGUAAAAUAUACAAAUUGAGUUCACCUAUAAUCUAAUGGCAUUACUAAACUGGACAAACACAAUAAAUAUUAAUUGGCAGAAAUGUGCUUUUCUUUGUCCUUUUAUGUUUGAUAAAAUCAUAGAUGAUACUUUUUUCCUAUUUUAUGAUAGUUUUCUGGGAAAUUAAUAGGAAUAAAUUUUCUUUUGAAAUCUGGUAAGUGAAAUGCAAUGAGUGAAACCCAAGAUUUCUUUCAGGUUGGCAUAUUUUUCUUUUAAACUUUAAAAUUCAGUCAAUAUUGAAUCUUCAUUUUGAUUAUAUUGACAUGUAUAUGAAAAGCUCACAAUUUAUUUGGUCUUCAACCAUGUAUGUAGUGAAUUAGAUCGAUUGAAAUAAAUGUUCAAUGCUACGAUAUCAUCUGAGACUAUUCGAGACUUCCUAAUAUUAGAUCAUAUAAAGGAAAAAUAUUUGGAACUUAUAAUGAUGAAAACAGAACCAAUUUUAUAAGAAUCAUGUUAAAAAAAUUUGUAGUCUAAGAUAAUAACAUCGUGUGUGUCCAUAUACUGAACUAAAAAUUUACUGUAAUUAGAAUACUGAGCACAAAACUACUUUCCAGUUAAACACUGGGAAACAUGAAAAAUUUGUCUGACUUACCAUUGGCUUUUUGAAUUUGAUUAUUGGGAAAGCUGUGCUUUUGUUUCUUGCCGUAUCUUUUUUCUACUUGUUUAAAAAAGCAUUUCACUGGCAUAUAAAGAAAAAAACUUUAUAUUAACAUUCCUUUUACCCAAGUAGCUUGGUAAUAUGCAGCUUUGUAUAUUAUUCAAGCAUUCAAAAUUGAGUGUGCUUCUAUAUAUCUGAAUAUAUAGUAAGUAGACAUCGGCAGCACUUCUACAUUACUAUGAUGUGCCAUACAGUCGGGAAUGAGUCAGGUCCUUCCCUAUGUGCUACUUAUGUUUUCAGGUAGGUCCCUUCUGCUCCAUCUGAGAUGGUGGCAAUUUGGACAGUUUAUACAGAGUGGGAAGAACUGGGCUUUCUCAUCAUUUAAUACCCAUGUUUAGAGACAAUUAUGCCAGGAAUCAUUAAUGAAUAACUUCUGAUUUAUUGUAUGUGUGUGGAGGGGUCCCGAUCAUUCCCCUUAACCAUAAAAACAUAAACGUGCACUUUACAGAUAACCUGCAUACCAUCAUUUACAUUUUAGUUGAUUGUAUUUCAUCAUAUCAUAUCUUGUUUUGAUUACUGAAAUUUCAAAAAAUAACCUGAACAGUGCUAGUAUAAACAUUUCAAAAACAUACUAUUGAUAAUUAAAAUUCUUUUGGAAAAUAAGGACCAUUUUCAAGUGAUUCUAGGAUUAAUUAACUUUUAGAUGCAAAGUUACCUAAAAGCAUUACCCUCAAAAUCUUAUGUCAAGAGAUGUUAAAUUUUUAAAUAUUUGGCUUUUUCACACUUAGGUUAUCAUUUCCUAAUCAGUUUCACUUACAGAUACCUAUACAGUUGCUUUCUGCCCAUCUGUAUUUGGUUUGUUUUUUCAUUUAUCAAAUAGGGAGAUGUUUCUUGGUUUUUUAAACCUUACAAAUCGAAUGGUGGGGUAUCUAAACCACUAAAUAGACUUAACAAUCCUUAGCACAGAACAUGCCAUAUUACAACCAAUACAUUUUAUUUAAAAGUUUUCUUUGAAGAUAACUUGAUAUUUUUUCUUAAAUAAAAAAUAAAUGAUUCUAGAGGAGGCAUUCCAAAUGUAUGAAACAUAGGUAAAUGAAAAUAUCUGGAUAUUUCCAUGGUGAAAAAAAUGUAUCAAACAUACAUUAUAAAAAUUUAUUUCACAGGUAAGUUAAAACCUGUUGAGCCAUCAAAAAUUUUAAGAAAUCAAAUGUUUUCAGUGAAAUACUUUGAAUUCUUGACAGGCAAUAAUAAAAAGUGAAAUUUUUUGUGUUUCUUUAAUUUUAGAUUCAAUGCUAUUAACCACUCAGUCCUGCUUAUUUGUGUUCCCAGUGGAAAUCAGUAAAACUGUAGCACUGUUACAAUUAUGUGAUUUUGUGAAAUACAUCAGCACCACCAUGCCUAUGUCUAGCACUGUAUCUAGUAAAAUGUUGGAAAUACUUGACUUUUCUAAUAAAAGUAUCCUAACUAGCUAAAGAGAUUUACUUUCU